UGCAGGUAACCAUGAACGUGUAACUGCACCAUGUGGUUUCGGCUUAUCAAUGGAGUGCUUGUCUUGCUUACACUUUGCUUCCCAUCCACAUGGACUUAUAUCAAGAUGGACUAUCCCGAUUAUUGCUUCUACGAUGCGAUGCGUUUCGAUGAAGAUACAGGCUUCUUUUUCUAUCUUAAUCCUGUGAAGAACAUACAAUACAACGUGUCAGAAGAGGCACUACUAUCCACGAAUGCAAUGCGUCUGGACUUCGGAUACGCGUGCAGUGUCGUUUUGCAUGGAAUGCGAGAUCCCAUGAGACCGUGGGUUUUGUGUUGCAAAGUGCACUGAAAUAGAUGUCAAGACGCUCGCUUAUGUACAACUGAACAUGUCCCUUGAUGAUGAUGGUGAAGCAAAAGCGAUAUUUGAGUCCAUACGCACACUUUAGCAGCAGGCGCUCAACCAGUAACUCCUUAAUCCACAAAAGUACUUAUAACAUUUCACUGUUCUAAAGAAAUUACUUUUUGCAUGUUUCUGAAGUUACCUGGUAUCAUUCCAUUGGUCUGUUUAUGUAAGUGAGAUGAACUAUGCAGCGUGUUGAACACAGCCUAUCGAAAUUCGC